AUGAACACCCCAACUUUCGACGCGUUCAUCACCCAUGAACCGUCCCAAGUCCAUGUAACUCCUCCGGCCAAAGUCGCCGGGGGCGCUCCCCGCCUCGACUCCCACCACCCACCGCGAGGUCACUCUUCGCGUGGUCAAGAGUCGUUCCCCAUGCACUCGCUCCCCAGACAAGCCUCACUACACACCCCCGAUCAGCCCACGGUCCUAGAGGCCAACGGCGCCGGCUCAGAUGCCUUCUCCCGGGACGAAGCCGGCGUCGAGUCCGUCGAGCCGACUCAGAGCGUCCUCGCGCCUUACAUGAACCGUUGGCGCUUCCUCGCGGCAUGCCUGAUGAACAUGGGCAACGGUAUCAACGACGGUGCUCCAGGUGCUAUCAUCCCUUACAUGGAGAAGUACUACAACAUAGGCUACGCCAUCGUGUCUCUAAUCUUCAUCGGUAACGCCGUAGGCUUCAUCACCGCCGCCUUCUUCGUAGACGCCCUCCGCGCCCGUCUCUCCCGCGCGCACCUGAUGAUCGCGGCUCAGGGGUGCAUGCUAGCGGCCUACAUCCCGCUUGUCGUCGGCGCGCCGUUCCCCGUCAUCGUCGUCUCCUUCUUCCUGCUCGGCUUCGGCAUGGCGACGAACCUGACGCUGAACACGCUCUUCUGCGGCUCCCUGCGUAACGGCACCACCUUACUCGGCGCCCUCCACGGCGCCUACGGGCUCGGCGGUAUGGUCGGCCCCAUCCUCGCCACGGCCAUGGUGUCUUCCAUCGGCUGGGACUUGUGGUACCGGUUCUACCUGAUCCCGAUGAGCCUGGCCGCUUUCAGCCUCGUCUUCUCCGCGUGGUCCUUUGCGCAUUACGAGAGGGACAACCCGGCCAUCGCGGAGCACGAGGCUUCAAGCCAGCAGGCGACGUACGACACCGUCAAGGUCAGGCUGGCCUCCAUGUUCCACGCCCUGCGGCGCAGGUUGGUCUUCCUCGGAGCGCUCUUCACGUUCGCGUACCAGGGCGCCGAGGUUUCCAUCUCAGGUUGGGUCAUUUCCUUCUUGGUCGAUGUGCGAGACGUCGCGAACCCCGAGGCCGUCGGAUACGUCACGGCCGGUUUCUGGGCAGGCAUCACCGUCGGCCGCUUCGUCCUCUCCAGCCUCAGCCAGCGCGUGGGUGAGGAGCUGUUCGUGUACGUCAUGACCAUCGGAGCGGCGUGUUUCCAGCUUCUCGUCUGGUUUGUGCCAAACAUUGUCGGAAACGCCGUGUCGUUGGCCAUUGUCGGUCUGCUGCUUGGCCCCAUUUACCCGUGUGCGGCGACCGUCUUCUUGCGCGGCAUGUCGAGCAAGAGCCGGACGAGUGGCAUCGCCAUCAUUACUGCGUUUGGAAGCAGCGGUGGUGCCGUGGCGCCUUUCGCCACUGGUAUGAUUGCUCAAGCGAGCGGUACUUGGGUCCUGCACCCAAUUGCUUUGACCUUGUUUGCCGGCAUGAUCGGUUGCUGGUUCUUCUUGUCAUCCCGGUCGAAGAGACAGGACUAA